AUGGAAAAUCCACAAAUCGAAGGUUGCUGGGUCCCUGAAUCUCUUAUUGGAAGAAAAUCAACAAGCAGAAUCAUUUGCUAUUUCAAAGCCUUUGUUAAGCUGUUAUAUGAUGUGAGUGGCCUGCAGGGGGGCACGAAGCCACUAUGUCACAGGAGAUGCGGCGCAUGCGCAACUGCUCCCGGACUUGAUGGGUGGUCUUCCCUGAGGACGGAGGAGAGGCGCCAUGGCGGCUGCGGGCCCGCGCGUGGGGCUGGCUGGUCUGCGGGAGGAAGACGUUCCCCGCCCGCGCCCCGGCCGCUGAAAAGGGGCUGUGCGCCCUCCUCGCGGCUCCGCGCCUUCCUUUCCCGCCGCCCCGCGUGGUGUAUCUCCACCUUCUCAGUGGCCAAGAGAAAUGUUUCCGCCCCUUGUCCUCAACCGCACGGAAUUAUCCACUUAUUCCUUUGUUCAAAGACCUUAACUAACAGACUAUACACGGAUGAUGUGCAGGGAAUAAAAUUAUUUGGAGCGUAUUGUCAGCUAUGGAUGGGCACUUGCCAUCUACCUCGACAUGGAAUAACUCAGGUGCUGGCGCAGCUGCUGCAGCCGCUGACCUUCAACACCCCCUGAAAGGAGUUCAGGGUGGAGAGCAGACAUGAGGCGCUCUGUGCUCCGGGGAAGCUGGCAGGACAGCUCUUCAGAGAGUUAGAUACUUGCAGGAGCUGAUUUUAUGAGCCCAGUUGUUGUAUCUCCUCGUGUCUAGAGAAGCACUGAAAUCUUUCAUUGUGACGUCUGCGCCUCGUGACUAGCCGUAGCCUGCAUGAGACAGCAGAAACCUUCUGCAAAAAAUAUAUGUGCUCGAUUGCGUGUACUCCCCCUUCACCAAAAUCACAUAUAUACUGACCGUCCCCCUGCCUCUUUGGAGCACUUUCUUGGAGCUAUCUCAGAUUCUGUCUCCCAGGAUACAGUCUUUAUUUUGCCCCAAAU